CGCGCGCGCGCGCGCACCUGUGCGCGAUCGUCCGCGUCGAUCACACGAAUUCGCAAACAGCGCGCCUUCUCUCGUUUGAUCUCUCUCGAAUUUAUAAUUGCGAAUAUUGAUUUUAUGUCUCUCGAUCCUCGCGUCGUCCUCGAGCCCUUCCGCGUGAAAUCUCUGGAUCGGGCCUCCGAAGUCCGAGGCCACCACCUGUUUAUAUCGUAUUCUUGCGCGCCUGAUGUGUUGCGAUUAUUUGCGUUCCGAUUAUCGUGACGUUAUAUGUAUCUAGUCGGAGUUUCGUAUCAACACGUAACAUAUGAUUAUAUUUACAUCUGAUUAUGCGCGCUCUAAUGCGUCUCGAAAUUAUAUGUAUGUAUACACCUGCACAUUGCACCUGUUCUCCGUUCAUCGAUCAUUCGAACGACCGCGUACAUCCAAUGCAUAAUAAAUUAACAAUAAAUCAAGAUACGAAAAUAGACGAAGUGGGGUCGAUUGAUCUAAUUUCUCAAUUAUCCAUUGAAAUUAUAAUUUAAUUUUAGAUUCUGACGGAAUCUGGGUCGCCUACGCGAAAAAAUAUAGCGCGAACGCUUAUCAGCGACCACCUGAUAACCUAUCGGGUUUUUGCGUCAAGUCUGUUCAUUUCACUCGCACUCUUCGUCCUCGCAAUAAAAAAUACACGUAAAAUCGAACACACUUAUAUCACAUAAUUAUAUAUGGACGAGUUUGACAAAAUUAAAAAUUCAUUCAUAAUUUAUCAAUAUUAAGUUUAUUAUUAAUGUGGAUAGAAUUAUCGAUCUUUUUGUUGUUUUAUAAAUAUAUGGAGAUUAAAGAUGACGAGCUAAAAACUUUAAACUAAUCUUAUCUUGUCUCUCAAAUUAAUCCCAGCUGAAUUAUAUUAUAAUUAAUUCCCUGAUCUAAUUUUUUUUCCAUAUAUGCUACUCAAAGUUACUCCAUAGAUUUCUCAAAGUUAACAAUUCUAUUCACAAUGGUUGCACAUUUGACAAUCUAAUUUGCGAUAAAAUUAAUUAGAAUCUACAAUGGAGCAGAUGGAAAGUUCCCAGCAGGAAUUUUAAAAUUAAGUUUAAAAUCUUCGAAGGAGAGAGCAGUACAGAACGAAGUGCAGCUUUAAAAGUGCAGAUUCUUCCCAGUUGCUAGACUUACUAGUGAUCAGCUGAUACUAUGUUUACGAUGUGUUGACACGAAGUCUGAUUGUCAAAAUGUAUCGCCUGAAUUCGGUGUCUCACAUAUCGAGAUGCGUCCUAUCAAAUAUUAAUUUCAUCCGCUCGGCAGCGAAUACUCGACGUAAUGUACACGUUUGUAAAUAUGCUUUUGUUAAAUCCCCACGACUUGCCGUGAGGAUGGAAAGAUAUCGUUUCAACGAUAGGCACAAGUCGCAGGAGAGAAGAUCCAGGAUACUCCUCGCCGUAUCCUUGCCCACUUUAAUUUACAAUUAUCUCUUUGAUAUCGAGGAUUCCGACGAGGAAGUCCCGGAAGUCAUUAUAACGAUCAAACGGUCUAUAUUGUUGUUACAGAAGGGAGAAUACGACAAGGCAGAGCAGAUGCUGCACGUAGCGUUGCGCCAAGCACAAACCAUACAGCAUUACGACGCUGUCACAUACAUCUAUGACGUAAUGGCGAAUCUUGCUUUCGAUACCGGGAAGUAUCGCAAAGCGGAGAACCUGUUCGUGUCAGUUUUGCAAAGGCUGAUGUCGAAUGGCGCCACGGAGGAUGACAUGCGAGUCAUCCAUAUAAGCCUGAAGAUGGCUAAAGUGUUUGAACAUCUAAAUGAGCCAAAAAAAGCCGAGCAAGGCUACAAAUUUUGUAUGGAUAAUUUAAAAUCGCACGUUGAAAAAGAUCCUGACAAUGAAGACGCUGUGAUGCUGCAGGGUAUGACCUUUGAUUGGUACGCACAAAUGUUACUCUCACAGUCUCGACAUACCGAAGCUUUGAACUAUUUUCUUCAGGCCUAUAAUAUAUGUAAAAAGAUAAAUGGCGAGGAGCACGAACAGACUGUGAUUCUGCUCAAUGAUUUGGGAACGAUUUAUUGUAUGCAAGGAGAAUAUGACGAAGCUAUUAAAUACUUGUCCGCUGCAGCAAGAAUAGGAGAAAACUUACCCGACAUGGUUGACUUGGGCUCGAUUCACGUGAAUUUAGGAAAUGUGUAUCUGAAAAAAGGUUUAUACGACGAAGCCAAAAAAUCUUGUCAACAAGGAAGAAAAAUAGCUAAAAGUAGAGACGACAGUGAUUCUUUGUUAGAAGCCGUUGAAUGCCUCAAGGAAGUAAAGAGAUUAAUGUCGUUGUGAAUCCUUGUGAUUAUCUCAGACAACUUCACUGUUAAAAAUAUGUAUAUUUAAACGGAAUGGCAUCUGUAAAUAUAUGUAGAAAAAUAUUUAAAGACUUUAAAUGAUCGUAGUAAAGGAGUGUAACAAAAAUACAAUUUUUUAAAUAAAAUAAGCUAUUUAUUAUUUUAUUUGAUAAUCAAUGGAUUUCAACUAAUUAUUGAUGUAAGAAGCGCACAUGUUUUGUUUUUGGAAUGUUAUGAUUUGAAUAUAUUGUAUAUGUCUUUUUGAUAUUAUCUUGUCCGUCUUCAAUUCUUACAUUAGAUUUCUUAUAUUGCGUCACAAUGAGCAUAUUAAAACUUUUUAUUUGUAAUUCCCAUUGUUAAGUUAGAAACUGUAAUAUAAAAUGUUAGAUAAUAUUUACAUAAUGAUACAAAUAAUAAUGAGAAUGUACAAUAUGUAAUACCCCAAAAUAUUUGUACAAUACAAAUUUUGUGUGCAAAUGUAUAAUUUUCUGACAGAAUAUUUUCGAAAGCUUUU